GGAACUCCUCCCAAACCGGAACCUCGUCCUACUCAGAUCUCACCUAAUCUGGAGCCCUUACAGCAAACCCUGGUGCUUGCUCUUGCCGGUCCAGCUCUGCACACCAGAGCCACGCGUUUCAGAUAUCUCAGCAUGGGAUACAGUUUCUCAUCAGGCGACGGAAAUGUUCUCCCAAACCACCAAACGGAGCGGUCUGCGACAUGGAGCUGAAAAUAAAGCAGCAGAAAGACAGGGGUGUUGUUGUGAAGAAAUGGUCAGGCACGACCUGGAAGGCAGAGAUGACAAUGGAAUGCCAGGUCUUGGCCACAAGAGUAGUCAGCAUGCUGCGCCUCCUGGUGCCCCGGCUGCUUUGCCUCCGAGGCAGCACUGCCCCGUACUCCUCAGCAGCAGCCCUUCCAAGCCCCAUCCAGAACCCAGACAUUCGCUACAACCAGCUAUUCAUCAACAACGAGUGGCAAGAUGCAGUCAGCAAGAAGACCUUCCCAACAGUCAACCCCUCAACGGGAGAGGUCAUCGGCCACGUGGCCGAAGGGGACCGAGCCGAUGUGGAUCGGGCAGUGAAAGCAGCUCGCGAGGCCUUCCGCCUGGGGUCUCCAUUCCGCCUGGCUGACCUCGUGGAGCGGGAUCGUGUCUACUUGGCCUCACUGGAGACCUUGGACAACGGGAAGCCAUUCCAGGAGUCUUACGUCUUGGACCUGGAUGAGGUCAUCAAGGUGUACCGGUACUUUGCUGGCUGGGCUGACAAGUGGCACGGCAAGACCAUCCCCAUGGACGGUGAGCAUUUCUGCUUCACCCGGCAUGAGCCCGUGGGUGUCUGUGGCCAGAUAAUCCCGUGGAACUUCCCCUUGGUCAUGCAGGGCUGGAAACUCGCCCCGGCACUUGCCACUGGCAACACUGUGGUCAUGAAGGUUGCAGAGCAGACCCCCCUUUCUGCCCUGUACUUGGCCUCCCUCAUCAAGGAGGCAGGCUUCCCCCCUGGGGUGGUGAACAUCAUCACAGGCUAUGGCCCAACAGCAGGAGCGGCCGUGGCCCAGCACAUGGAUAUUGACAAAGUUGCUUUUACUGGCUCAACCGAGGUGGGCCACCUGAUCCAGAAGGCAGCUGGAGAUUCCAACCUCAAGAGAGUCACCUUAGAGCUGGGCGGGAAGAGCCCCAGCAUCGUGUUGGCGGACGCUGACCUGGGCCACGCCGUGGAGCAGUGCCACGAAGCCCUCUUCUUCAACAUGGGCCAGUGCUGCUGUGCAGGGUCCCGGACCUUCGUCGAAGAAUCCAUCUACGAUGAGUUUCUCGAGAGAACGGUGGAGAAAGCGAAGCAGAGGAAAGUUGGGAACCCCUUUGAGCUGGACACCCAGCAGGGGCCCCAGGUGGACAAGGAGCAGUUUGAGCGAAUCCUGGGCUACAUCCGGGUUGGCCAGAAGGAGGGGGCAAAACUUCUCUGCGGUGGGGAGCGUUUUGGGGAGCGGGGUUUCUUCAUCAAGCCCACCGUCUUUGGUGGUGUGCAAGAUGACAUGAGGAUUGCCAAGGAGGAGAUCUUUGGGCCUGUGCAGCCCCUGUUCAAGUUCAAGAAAAUUGAGGAGGUGAUCGAGAGGGCCAACAACACCAGGUACGGCUUGGCUGCCGCGGUGUUCACACGGGACCUGGACAAGGCCAUGUACUUCACACAGGCCCUCCAAGCGGGGACGGUGUGGGUAAACACCUACAACAUCGUCACUUGCCACACGCCGUUUGGAGGCUUUAAAGAGUCCGGUAAUGGGAGGGAGCUGGGGGAGGACGGGCUUAAGGCCUACACAGAGGUGAAGACAGUCACCAUCAAGGUUCCACAGAAGAAUUCGUAAGAACGUCCACCCUGAAGACCCAGCUCCAGUCCAAGAAUUCCACCACCACCUACCCAGUGGUCGCCAACAACUUUUUCGUCAUGGACCCCCUCUAUUUGCUCCAAAUGAACAUUUAGAACCUCA